GAGGGCGGAGAGUGUUGUUUGGAUUUGCGCUCAGUUUCUGCAAGAAAUCUUAGGCAGCAGACCUCCCCAUUUUCCAGAGGGUAAUCACAAGGAUGAAGGUUGAUAUCCAUAAUCAUAUUUUACCAAAGGAAUGGCCCGAUUUGAAGCAGAGGUAUGGAUAUGGUGGGUUUGUCCAGCUUCACCAUCACUGCAAGGGUGAAGCAGACAUGAUGAAGGAUGGAAAGCUGUUCCGAGUAAUUCAGGAGAACUGCUGGGAUGCAAAAGCACGCAUAAGGGACAUGGAUCAACAUGGUGUCACAGUUCAGGCCCUGUCCACUGUCCCUGUGAUGUUCAGUUACUGGGCCAAACCUCAUGACACACUGGAUCUCUGUGUUCUUUUAAAUGAUGAUUUGGCCAAGACAGUGCGCAGCCACCCCAAGAGGUUUGUGGGCCUGGGCACUCUGCCCAUGCAAGCCCCUGAUUUAGCUGUGCUGGAGAUGAGGCGCUGCGUGAAGGAGCUGGGCUUCCCUGGGGUGCAGAUCGGCUCACAUAUCAACAACUGGGACCUCAAUGCAACUGAGCUCUAUCCCGUCUAUGCUGCAGCUGAGGAGCUGGGCUGCUCCAUAUUUGUCCACCCGUGGGACAUGCAGACAGAUGGGAGAAUGGCUAAGUAUUGGCUGCCCUGGCUGGUGGGCAUGCCGACAGAGACAACCAUGGCCAUUUGCUCGAUGAUAUUUGGAGGCGUGUUUGAGAGAUUUCCUAAAUUGAAAGUCUGCUUUGCACAUGGAGGUGGCUCUUUUCCAUUCACCAUUGGCAGAAUUGAACAUGGCCACAAAGUCCGCCCUGACCUGUGCGCAGUGGACAACGAGAUCAGUCCCCAGAAAUACCUCGGUUCCUUCUACACCGACUCCCUAGUUCAUGAUCCCACCGCCCUGAAGCUACUCAUUGAUGUUAUUGGAAAAGAUAAAGUGAUGCUGGGGACAGAUUAUCCAUUCCCUCUGGGUGAGCUGCAGCCUGGAUCAUUGAUUGAGUCAAUGGAUGAAUUUCAUGACACACUAAAGGAUAAAUUGCUUGCUGGAAAUGCACUGGACUUUUUGGGCCUGAAACGAGAGCAGUUUGAGUGACAUGAAAAUCGGAGAUACAGCUGCUACAAAGGCCUUCUUUAAAUAUUCAUAAUUGUAUGAUUAAGGAUAAAAAUCCUUUUGGAAUAGCUUGUAUAGUAGAUAUAACAAAUUAUGUUGUUGUUUAAUAUGAUAAAGUAAUUAUUUUUCUCUCAGUAUUUUGUGAAAUGCUUUAUUUGUUAUUACACUUAUCAUCUUAGUGAUCACCAUCAGCAGAUUGUUUUUUUUUCUUUUAGUUUGAUUAGAGAAUACUUAUUGCCAAAGACCCCACAGUACAACAGACAACUUUUGCUACUUAGUGUUAUCAGGAACACAUGCAGCCAAUCCCACUAUUAAAUGCAGGGCUGCUCCAGUUGCCUUUAUAAUUCCCCAACCGAAUGUAUUCCAUAUUACACUUAUUGUUUGGGUUCCCAGUGUAUGCGAACUAAAGCUACUUUAGGUUAUGUACAGACAAAACAAGACAUUUAAAAAGUCAUCACCUUGGACUUUAAGAAACUGGGAUUCACUAUUCUAUGACAUUGUUAAGACCAAACUAUGAAUCAAUUAAUCUUGAAAAUAAUCAGCAGAUUAAUUGAUGAUGAAAAUAUUUGAUAGUUUCAGCUCUUGUGUUAAUAAUAAUAUAGAAAAUUGCAAAAUUAACCAUUUCCCCCCAUUGAAAAUGUCUGUCAUUCCUUACAACUGCAUAAAACUCUAUUAAGUAGAUAACUAUUGGAGUUGCUACCUUUCCCUUUGCAUGAAGUGGGCUAUUACAGUUGUUU